AUGUCGGACUCGUUCGCCGACCUCUGGUCUUCCUCUGCCUCGCUUCCACCAAAACCGAAACCCCAGACACUUUCUUCAGUAGCGUCAUCGUCGUCCAACGUCUCUAGAAACCCCUCAGCCUCAUCCUCGUACCGCCCAAACCCACCGUCCAAGCCAGACGUUUUCGCACUCCUCUCCGCAUCCAACACAGGCUCAUCAGCGAACUAUAGCUCAUCCGCAACAAGAUACGGUACCGGCACACCUACACCAGUAGUAGUAGCAGCAGCCAGCAACCCCGCCUCUCGACCCAUCUCAGCCCUCGGAGGAAGAUCCAACACGUCCACGCCGGCUCCUGUGUCAACCAACGCCAGUUCGGAUGCAUUCAGCGACCUCUUCUCCUCCUCGAAGGGCUCUAAUGGGGGCACAGCGGGGAUGACACUUGCAGCCCGACUGGCGAUGGAGGCUCAGCAACGCUCCGGGAGCCAGAGCCGGAACAGUAUCGGGAGUGGGAGCAGUCCGAAGCCUGCGGAGCAGCAGCCGGCGAACGACGCUUGGGCAGGGCUUGACUCGCUGGCGGGAGGUGGAGGAUUGGUUGGGCUGGCGGGGUCGGGUGGGAACACGAAGCCGAGCGUGCGGGUGAUGAUUAACGACCAUGAUGAUUGGGGGCUUGGAGAUUUCGGGAAGGCAUCAACAUCGACGUCGACAAUGGCGAAGCCUCCUUCAAGGUCGACUUCUCAGGCAGCAGCGGCUGCUUCGAAGCCUACAGCGAGCAAAGGGAAGACACUCUGGGACCUGGACGAGUUCGCCUCUCCUUCCGCUGCCCCUGCGAGCAUAUCACGCUCUGGCUCCAGCUUAUCACACUCCUCUCAUCGCCAGACAGAGCCCACACUCUUCCAGGACGAGCACGUCGACUCGCCGGACGCCGAUUUCGACUUUGGCGGGCGGGAAGACCGGGUAGACGAGGAGAGACGCAGAACACGCAAAACGGGCGAAGAUCUGCUAGGUUUCGACGACGAUGGUUCUCGACACCAGCUCAACGGAAAGAUUCUCAGAGGAGAGGAGAUGGCCUCGGCUGGGAAAGCGACGACGACUUUGGCACACGUGCUGCGCCACAGCAAACAAGUGGAAGGCAGCGAAGUGGAGAGCACGCAGAGGAGGACGACUUGCUUGGGAUGCUGUCCAAGCCUGUGCAUGUCGUCAGAGCGCAUGUUGGCGCUGAUGAUGAGCGAAGUGCUCUCCGUCCUCGUUGGGAUCGCUCCAAUUACGUUGAAACCUCUUGAACCUCUGGAAAUCAGACGCAGGGGGGGACAGCACAUCUGCCACAACGUGGUAUUCGAUGCCAAGGUUGGCAUUAAGAAGGUUAUUGUGGGGAAAUGCGACGUCGUUAUGUUACUCGUUUACUUCACCUCGUGCCCUUUUCCUUUCCUGAUCAUUGUUGAUAUGACCGGAUCGUACCCCGUCUCCAGCUCGACAGCACCUUCAAACGCUAGCACUCGUGCAAAGGCCAAUACCGGCCGGGCAGCCUCGCCACCCCCGCAUAUACUUGGCCAAAUCGUCGAAAUGGGCUUCUCGGUCGCCCAAGCCCGACAAGCUCUUGCUCAGACGAAGGAUGGCCAGGACGUCCAAGCCGCCCUCGAUAGUCUGUUAGGCGGUGGCGGAGAUUCAGGAGCUGGAAGCAGCCGUGCACCCGAGAGACCACCAGAACGCGACCGCGAGCAGCCACACCCGCCACCUCCAACGCGCACGCGCUCUGCACCCAAAGGAGCGAAAGAGCGCGAUCGAGAGAGGCAGGAACGUCUCAGGCGCGAACGGCAAGACAGCAACGACACGGUCGCCGAGAUUCAGGACCAAGCGGACAAGAUCCUCGCACAAGCUUCGGAAAUCGGGCUGAAUAUGUUCAGCAAGGCGAGUGCGUUUUGGAAGGAGGGCAAGGACAAAGUCGUGAAGGUGUAUGAGGAGCGAACGGCGGCGAGCUCGGCUGCAGGGAUCGCUGGGAGACCGCCUGCUGUCAGGACGGAUGGAAGGCCGAAAUGGAUGCAGGAUGCGGAAGCGCGUAAGAACGACGGCAUCAGUGAUGAAGAGUAUUCACCUCGGCUCUCGAAGCAGCGGAAAGACGAUGGCUUCAGGGACGACGACGAUGAUGCACAUGCCCUCCCUGCGCAGGAACGACGCAGGCCCCCGAGACACCCUCAGCCUCAGUCCGAGCUCAACAACAUCACGAAGAAGUCGACCUGUUCUCCAAUGCACCUGUGCAUCAACCUCCUCGGCAGCAACAACAGCGGCCACCACGGCCCAAGCCUCGACAAUUUUCAUCUUCUGGAUCUACAUCUUCAUCUUCAGCUCCUCGCGCGUUCACUCAAACACAAGACUACUGGCACGGAGCAGUUCAAAUUCGGCCAGUUCGGAACGGCUGUGGAGGCAUACUCUUCUGCUAUCACUUCCUUACCACCUGGCCAUCUCUUACUCGUCCCACUCUAUACCAAUCGUGCGAUCGCAAGGAUCAGGACGGGCGAGUAUCCUGGUGCUGUAGAAGACGCAGCUGGUGCUUUGGUGAUUAUCGUCGCUGCUGAAUCAGCUGCUGCGACGAACGGUGCUGAUCCGAGUGUGAUGUUCGACCCGGCUGCUGUCAACUCCAAUGUAUCCGUCGAUGCCAAAGGCUGGUCGCCCGCCAUCGAACCUCCCGCCCUCAUCUCCGCUGCAUCGCAGAAGGCGAAUCAAGCAGGCUGGACACAUGCUCAGGGUGUUGGUGUCGACCUGAGCGAUGGUUACCUCAAGGCACUCAAGAGGAGGGCGGAGGCAUGGGAAGGAAGGGAGAAAUGGAACGAGGCAUUGAAGGAUUGGGAAAUCCUCUCAGGGGCGUCGUGGAUAGGAGAAGGCGUGAGGAAGGAAGCUGCAAGAGGCGCGGCGAGGUGUCGGAGGAUGGUCGACGGCGGAUCUGCUGGCUCUGGUGCACCGAGCGACUCGAAUGGCAUCUCAGGAUCGAGUUCUCCGCCUGCACCGAAGCCUAAGCCCAAGCCGGUCCUAAGACCGAAGGCACCAGCAUCCGAGCAACCAUCUGUGGCUCUUGAAUCUCUUCGCGCCCUCAACUCGCAAGCGGAGGCAGACGACAACCUUAAGCACCAACUCAAGGAUUCUGUCGACACUCGCCUGGCUUCGUGGCGUACGGGCAAAGAGACGAACAUACGAGCAUUGCUCGCGAGCUUGGAUCUGGUACUGUGGGAGGAGGUCAUGAGCGGAUGUCGAGUCAAAGGCUUGAGCGACCUUGUCAGUGCGGCUCAGGUGAAGAAGGCGUAUAUGAAGGUGGUGGCGAGGGUGCACCCUGAUAAGCUCAGUCCGAGCAACUCAACUGUCGAGCAGCGGAUGCUCGCAAACGGUGUAUUUGGGACGUUGAACGAGGCCUGGGUCGCCUUUCAAAAUGGCAAACAAUAG